AUGCUUCGUUUAAUAAAUGCUGCAAUGAAUGAUGAACUAUUCUUCAGCAUUGCGAACCAUACAGUCACAAUUGUUGAAGCUGACGCUGUAUACGUUAAACCAUUUCAGACUGAUGUAGUAAUGAUAACCCCGGGCCAAACCACCAAUGUUCUUCUAAAUGCCAAGCCAUACUAUCCCGGUGCUACUUUCCUCAUGGCUGCUAGGCCUUACUUCACUGGCCAGGGCACUUUUGACAAUUCAACAGUUGUAGGUAUUCUAGAAUACGAGCAGCCAUUGAAUCAUACUUCCAAUGCGAAAAAGAUGGUUUUCAAGCCAACUCUUCCACCAAUCAAUGCAACCACUUUAGUUGCCAACUUCACUGGGAAGUUCCGUAGCUUAAAAAACCCUAAUUUGACCGCAAGUGUUCCACAAAUGGACAGGAUAUUCUACUUCACUACGGGACUAGGUUCGAGUCCAUGCCCUAAAAAUAUAACUUGCCAAGGACCUAAUGGCACAAAAUUUGCUGCUUCAGUUAAUAAUGUUUCUUUUGCUCUUCCCACUACAGCUUUAUUACAAGCCCAUGUCACCAAAAAAUCUAACGGUGUCUAUACCACUGAUUUUCCCAUCAACCCACCAAAUCCAUUUAACUACACGGGGACUCCACCCAACAACACCCUAGUGAGCAUUGCAACCCGUCUUGUUGAAUUGCCAUUCAACACCAGUGUGGAGCUUGUUCUCCAGGACACCAGCAUUUUGGGCGCUGAAAAUCACCCUCUUCACCUACAUGGCUUCAAUUUCUUCGUUGUUGGUCAAGGAUUUGGAAACUACAACGCAAAACAGGACAGAAACAAUUUCAACCUGGUGGAUCCUGUUGAAAGGAACACAAUUGGCGUUCCAGCCGGUGGUUGGGUAGCCAUUCGAUUCCUAGCAGACAAUCCAGGAGUGUGGUUUAUGCACUGCCACUUUGAUGUACACACAAGUUGGGGUCUGAGGAUGGCUUGGAUUGUAAUGGAUGGGCCACUACCGAGUCAAAAGUUACCACCACCACCAUCAGAUCUUCCAAAAUGUUGACAGCUUGAUUGAAUCCUUGUGGACUCCUCCAUUUUGAGUUUUCCUGUCUUCCUAUCUGAAUUAAUUAAUGUAUUUCUUUUGUUGAGUGUGUAGUCAGAAGCGAGAUAAGUCCUUCAAUUGUGUUACUUCAAUCCACUCGGAAAAAAAAUAGAGCGAACAGUUGAAGAGGCGACUUGGGGUUUUUUUAAUCUUUGUACCUUCACUUUCAAAACACUUUAAUUUUCAGUUUUCAAGAUGUGAUACAGAUACAGUUCUUGUUACUUCUUUUCCUUGCAUUCUUCUCUUAGUAAGUCUGACUCUAAAAUAAUUUCACAAGUAAAGAAGAAAGAAGAUUAUGGACAGGAUGAAGCAAUACAUUCAUGGAAAAACGGAUCAAUGAGUACCUGAAGAAGAUUUUACCUCAGUUCUGAACCAGCUGAAGUGUAGAAAAUCAAUACCCGAGACACUUCAACUGCUGUAUGAAUCUAGAAAACAACUACAGGAAAAAAAACUUGCAUACAUAUAAAGCAAGCCAGUAAAAGUGAAGGAUAGCCUAGCAAGCAUGAAAGGAAAUGCCAAAAAUAAAAAAUAAAAAAUAAAAAAAAUCUACAAUGUAAUGAAAUCUCCCGAUCCAAUAUCAAAGAGAGACAGAGAGCAGAUCAUGCAAAGCUGUUGUGUAGAUCUUUUUUCCUUAGCAACCACAAUAUAAAACUCCCACAACAAAAAGAAAAAGAAAAUAGGACAAAUGGACAAUGUAAAAUGAUAGAACAAAAGUUGGUCCAUAUCAUUUCAGUGUUUAAUUACGAUAUAACAAUACAGGCUGGAUCGAUUAAGGGAAUCUUUAUUCUCACGCUGGUCAUCUAAUGGGCUAUACACAGACAAAUAAUUGUAUAUUUAGCCAUCUAUAUAUGAUUGAUCUUUGUCA